CAUCUUCCAAAUAGAUCUGACAGUCAGCCGCUAUCAUCUGGCCGCCACUGAAGCAAGAAGAGGACAAGAAAACCUAUGGAAAGCGUUAUUGAACAGCUUUAAUGAACGGAAAUAAAUAAGUCAUCUGCGGUCAAUAAAGAGAGAAAGUAGUAAUCAACACCUAACGAGAGCGCUAAAUGGACCAGAAAUAACGGACUUAGAAAGCGGCGGUUGGUUCUCAACAAGGUGGAGUUUUGUGAGUGAGGGCGAGGGUUACCAUCGAUUGCCUUUACGCGAUUUGGUUACCUGAUGGAGAAACCAGAACGACAUGUGACUCGAAGAUAAUUGCUGCCUUUCCUGGAAAUAUUGAACUAUUACACCAAAAGAAACAACAAAGAAGAACAGCAACGGGAUUUUCAAUAUAUAAUUAUAUGAACGAGUUUUGAAGAAAUAUCUGAUUUCGCAUACAAUUCGCAUAUAACUUAUUGUGCGAUCUGUGAAUGACUUCUGCUAAUGGAACGAUCAUAUCCUGUCCUUUGAAGUGCAGUUUCUGCGUCACAGGUCGCUGAGAACACAACAUUUACGUUGAAGGACUGAUGUAAACGGACAGGGUAGAGUACAGGAAGGAAGGUUGGUAGUUAGUUGAAGCAAUAUGGCUGAAUUGUGGGGUAUGGGGCACUGGCUGGAACUACCCAUAUCGUCUGGAUACUAGUUAUAGAACAUGGAAACCUAUCCCUGGGCAUCAGUAGCCUCAGAAUAAUGCCUAAAGGUAAACAUAGUUACUACCCGGACUCUCCCUCUAUCCGCAUAUCCAAGAUGGAUGUGAUCAUCCCGUUCUCCCCAGAUGUGCCCUGUGAUAGCAACGGGCAGCGCAUGUGGUGGGCUUUCCUUGCCUCCUCCAUGGUCACGUUCUUUGGGGGUCUCUUCAUCAUUCUGCUCUGGAGAACUCUCAAGUACCUGUGGACCGUCUGCUGCCACUGUAACACCAAAAAGAAGAAUGCUCAGCGGGUCCACAACCCUACCUCCCAUGGUGAUGGGAUCAAGCACACCAAGGAGACGGUGGCUGCUCUCAGUGAGGUGGGCUGGAUGACCUCCGUCAAAGACUGGGCUGGGGUCAUGAUAUCAGCCCAGACACUGACGGGCAGAGUCCUGGUGGUGCUUGUCUUUGCCCUCAGCAUCGGAGCCCUUGUAAUAUACUUCAUAGAUUCCUCUGACCCCAUCGAGUCCUGUCAGAACUUCUACAAAGACUUCACGCUACAGAUUGACAUGGCUUUCAACGUCUUCUUCCUCUUGUACUUUGGUCUACGGUUUAUUGCAGCCAAUGACAAGCUGUGGUUCUGGCUGGAGGUGAACUCAGUGGUGGACUUCUUCACUGUUCCCCCAGUGUUCGUGUCUGUUUAUCUCAACAGGAGCUGGCUUGGCUUGAGGUUUUUAAGGGCGUUAAGGUUGAUACAGUUCUCAGAAAUCUUACAGUUUUUGAACAUAUUAAAAACAAGCAAUUCCAUAAAACUGGUGAACUUAUGUUCAAUCUUCAUAAGUACAUGGCUAACAGCGGCAGGCUUCAUACAUCUGGUGGAAAACUCAGGGGAUCCUUGGGAAAACUUCCAAAAUUCCCAAGCACUUUCCUACUGGGAAUGUGUCUACUUACUCAUGGUUACUAUGUCCACUGUGGGCUAUGGAGACGUGUAUGCAAAAACCACCCUGGGACGACUUUUCAUGGUCUUCUUCAUCCUUGGUGGUUUGGCCAUGUUUGCUCGCUACGUGCCAGAAAUUGCUGCUCUCAUCCUUAAUCGGAAGAAAUACGGAGGGAGUUAUAACUCAACACGAGGCAGAAAGCACAUCGUGGUCUGUGGUCAUAUAACACUUGAAAGUGUGUCCAACUUCCUUAAAGACUUCCUACACAAGGACAGGGAUGAUGUCAAUGUAGAAAUUGUUUUUCUCCAUAAUAUUUCCCCUAAUCUUGAGCUGGAAGCCUUGUUUAAACGCCACUUCACCCAAGUGGAGUUCUACCAGGGAUCUGUUCUCAACCCACAUGACCUGGCCAGAGUCAAGAUAGAGUCAGCAGACGCCUGUUUGAUCCUAGCUAAUAAAUACUGUGCAGACCCUGAUGCUGAGGAUGCCUCCAACAUCAUGAGGGUGAUAUCCAUCAAGAACUACCACCCAAAAAUCAGAAUCAUUACCCAGAUGUUGCAGUACCACAACAAGGCCCACCUUUUGAAUAUUCCCAGUUGGAACUGGAAGGAGGGGGACGAUGCCAUUUGCCUUGCUGAGCUGAAGCUGGGCUUCAUAGCACAGAGCUGUCUGGCUCAGGGCCUGUCCACCAUGCUGGCCAACCUCUUCUCCAUGAGGUCCUUCAUCAAGAUUGAAGAGGACACGUGGCAGAAGUAUUACCUGGAAGGAGUAGCCAAUGAAAUGUACACUGAGUAUCUGUCUAGCGCCUUUGUGGGCUUAUCCUUCCCGACCAUUUGUGAACUCUGCUAUGUGAAGCUGAAGCUGCUACUGAUUGCCAUCGAGUACAAGUCUGAUAUAAGGGAAAGCAGCACCCUCAUCAACCCUGGGAACCAUGUGAAGAUGCAGGAAGGAACCCUGGGGUUCUUUAUCGCCAGCGAUGCCAAAGAAGUAAAGAGGGCACUUUUUUACUGCAAAGCUUGUCACGAUGACAUCACAGAUCCCAAAAGGAUAAAGAAAUGUGGAUGCAAACGAUCAAAAAAUAACUAUAACGGAUAUAUCAAAUCAAUCGAAGAGGAGCAGUAUUCGACACUGUCGCCUAAAAAGAAACAACGUAAUGGAGACACAAGGAACUCACCCAACGGUUCACCAAAAAUGAUGAGGCAUGACCCUCUCCUCAUGCCGGGGAACGAACAGAUUGAGAACAUGGACAUGAACGUGAAGAAGUACGACUCCACAGGGAUGUUCCACUGGUGCCAGUCCAAAGACAUCGAGAAGGUCAUCUUGACCAGAAGUGAAGCUGCCAUGACUGUCCUAAGCGGCCACGUGGUCGUCUGUAUAUUUGGAGACGCGAAGUCGGCUUUGGUGGGCCUAAGGAACCUUGUGAUGCCUCUGAGAGCUAGCAACUUCCACUACCACGAGCUGAAACCCAUCGUGUUUGUGGGUUCUCUGGAGUAUCUGAAGAGGGAAUGGGAGACCCUUCACAACUUCCCCAAAGUCUCCAUCUUACCUGGCACACCAUUAAGCCGGGCCGAUCUGAGGGCUGUCAAUAUCAACCUCUGUGACAUGUGUGUCAUCCUGUCGGCCAAUCAGAACAAUAUUGACGACGCGUCACUGCAGGACAAGGAAUGCAUCCUGGCGUCACUCAACAUCAAGUCCAUGCAGUUUGACGACAGCAUCGGGGUCUUGCAGGCUAACUCCCAAGGUUUCACUCCUCCAGGCAUGGACAGGUCCUCUCCUGAAAACAGUCCACUUCAUGGGGGGUUGGUCCGACAGGCUUCCAUCACAACAGGGGCCAACAUCCCCAUCAUCACUGAACUAGUGAAUGACUCCAAUGUUCAGUUCCUGGACCAGGAUGAUGAUGAUGACCCUGACACAGAAUUGUACCUCACUCAGCCCUUUGCCUGUGGGACGGCCUUCGCAGUCAGUGUGCUGGAUUCCCUGAUGAGUGCGACAUACUUCAAUGAUAAUAUCCUCACCUUGAUCCGGACGCUGGUAACAGGGGGGGCCACUCCGGAGCUGGAGGGUCUGUUGGCGGAGGAGAACGCAUUGCGAGGAGGCUAUAGCACGCCGCAGACCCUCGCUAACCGGGACAGGUGUCGUGUGGCACAGCUAGCCUUGUACGACGGGCCUUUCGCUGACUUGGGAGAUGGUGGCUGCUACGGUGACUUAUUUUGUAAAGCUUUAAAAACAUACAACAUGCUGUGCUUCGGAAUUUAUCGAUUAAGAGACGCACAUUUAAACACACAAAGUCAUACAAGUCAAUGCACUAAACGGUAUGUGAUAACCAAUCCGCCAUAUGGUUUUGAGUUGGUGCCAUCAGACCUGAUCUUCUGCCUGAUGCAGUUUGACCACAAUGCGGGUCAGUCCAGGGCCAGCCUCUCCCACAGCUCCCACUCCUCCCAUUCUUCCAGCAAAAAGAGCUCCUCCGUCCAUUCUCUCACUGCCACCAACCGUACCAACCGCGCCAAGAGCAGGGACUCGCGGGACAAACAGAAAAAAGACAUGGUUUACAGAUGAGCCUGAGAACGCGGCCUACCACAGGAACAUUCACAUCAAGCCAAUGAGUACUAGUCACAGUAGUCACACAGCCAACCACCAGGUCAACCAGAACC